CGUGGUUUGCAUAUUUAAAAUCUCUGGACUCCAUCCUCGCUCUACCAACGAAGUCUCUCCGUUUCUAAAUGGAAUUAGUGGAGAUCGGAGCCUCUGGUGUAACGCACAGACAUGAUCUAUGGACGCAGUUUGUUUCACAUUAUAGCAAGUUUAAUCAUCCUCCAUUCUUCUGGAGCAACCAAGAAAGGAACAGAAAAACAAAUCACCUCAGAAACACAGAAGUCAGUGCAGUGUGGAACUUGGACAAAGCAUGCAGAGGGAGGUGUCUUUACCUCUCCCAACUAUCCCAGCAAGUACCCUCCCGACCGAGAGUGUGUCUACAUCAUAGAAGCUGCCCCAAGGCAGUGCAUUGAACUCUACUUUGAUGAAAAAUACUCGAUUGAACCAUCUUGGGAGUGCAAAUUUGAUCACAUUGAAGUACGAGAUGGGCCUUUUGGCUUUUCUCCAAUAAUUGGGAGGUUCUGUGGACAGCAGAAUCCACCUGUAAUAAAAUCUAGUGGAAGAUUUUUGUGGAUUAAAUUUUUUGCUGAUGGCGAGCUGGAGUCGAUGGGAUUUUCAGCUCGAUAUAAUUUCACACCUGAUCCUGACUUUAAGGACCUUGGAGUUUUGAAACCAUUGCCAGCGUGUGAGUUUGAGAUGGGCGGUCCUGAAGGAAUCGUGGAGUCCAUACAAAUUCUGAAGGAAGGAAAAGCUUCUGCCAGUGAAGCCGUGGAUUGCAAGUGGUACAUCCGAGCUCCGCCACGAUCCAAGAUUUACUUACGCUUCUUGGACUAUGAGAUGCAGAAUUCAAAUGAAUGCAAAAGAAACUUCGUGGCGGUGUAUGAUGGAAGCAGCUCUGUGGAGGACUUGAAGGCCAAGUUCUGCAGCACUGUGGCUAAUGACGUGAUGCUGCGCACAGGCCUGGGGGUGAUCCGCAUGUGGGCAGACGAGGGCAGUCGCAACAGCAGGUUUCAGAUGCUCUUCACAUCCUUCCAAGAGCCUCCUUGUGAAGGCAACACAUUCUUCUGCCACAGUAACAUGUGUAUUAACAACACGCUUGUCUGCAAUGGGCUCCAGAACUGUGUGUAUCCCUGGGAUGAAAAUCACUGUAAAGAAAAGAGGAAAACCAGCCUGCUGGAUCAGCUGACCAACACCAGUGGAACGGUCAUUGGCGUGACUUCCUGCAUUGUGAUCAUCCUCAUUAUCAUCUCUGUCAUUGUUCAGAUCAAACAGCCUCGUAAAAAAUAUGUCCAAAGGAAGUCAGACUUUGACCAGACCGUUUUCCAGGAGGUGUUUGAGCCUCCUCACUAUGAGCUAUGCACCCUCAGAGGAACCGGAGCAACGGCUGACUUUGCAGAUGACUUUGAUAGUUAUCACAAACUGCGGAGAUCAUCUUCCAAAUGCUUUCAUGACCAUCACUGUGGAUCCCAACUGUCCAGCGCAAAAGGCAGCCGCAGUAACCUCAGCACAAGGGACGCUUCUAUCUUGGCAGAGAUACCCACCCAGCCAGUCAAGCCCCUCAUCCCACCUGUGAACAGAAGGAACAUCCUGGUCAUGAAACACAACUACUCACAAGAUGCUGCAGAUGCCUGUGACAUCGACGAGAUUGAGGAGGUGCCCACCACAAGUCACAGGCUAUCCAGACAUGAGAAAUCCGUCCAGCGGUUCUGCCUCAUUGGGUCUCUAAGCAAACAUGAAUCUGAAUACAACACAACUAGGGUCUAAAACGAAAAGUCAAGCUAAUCUCCUCAAAACUCUUCGAGCCUAUCAACCGUUCUUGAAUUAGGAGAACGCAUCCCAUGCUCUGUAUGACCUUAAUAAGCUGGUGUGUUUGUUGCAUCUUUUUCAUUGGGAGAAAAAUGUUUUAACUGUGCUUUAUUUUCAGAGAACAUUUAUACAAACAUGGGGACUGUGAAAAGAGAAUUCUGUAGUGAAUUGUGAAAAGUGGACAUAUUUCUAAAUUCAUUCCACUGCCUUUACCCAAACUUAAGAGUUACUACAGACAUGCGUUAUUCCUUCGGCAAGACAUCCCAGCUGCUGAGCAAUGAUGUGUCCAUUUCCCUAAUUUGGUUGCUGAUCACCAAGUGCUCCUUAGGUUUUAAAUACAUUCUGAGAUUUACGGAAACUUGAAGAAGAAAUUAGUUCCUGAUUAAGACUACCCCAGCUUUACUUUUACCUUCAGUCUCACUCCCAUUUGUAUGUUGUUCAUGUCUUUGUUACAUGAUUGUACCUGUGUGAUCUGUGAGAAAAAAAAAGCAAAAACAACAUUUUGGUGACCCCUGUGUUACAUGUACAUUGUUUUCGUUACAUAGACUACUUGAGAAUAGUGCGUUCCUGCGUGAUUUUGAACAUGCUGCCAUGAAAAAUGGAAAUGUGGAUCAUGGAAACACCAGCUAGAGGUUCAUUGGACUGUACACACCUACUUUUUCACUAUAAUUAAGUGCAGUAAAAAUAAUGAGUAAAAUCUAGAUUGCAAUAAGAUAAAUAUCUCCCCCUUCCCUCUGUCUUUCUCUCUUUUUCUCUCCCCCUUACCACCUCUAUGUACCCCUGAUUUCCUUUCUUGUUUUCAUCAAGGAAAGAUACUGAGUUUCAUAAAUGCCUUUUUGAAAUCAGGUAUUUGCCAUUCACACCCUACAACAGAAUUUUGUUUGAUUAAGCACUUAGCAAUAUGACUGAAUUGACAAUUUGAGAAAAUUCCCUGCAUGUCAGUACUGGAUAUUUAGGUUGGAAAAAAAUGUCGUCUUUACUAGACACAUUGUAAAAAGCAUGCAUUCUCAAAUAUUGCUGUUACUCUUCCAUUUCUUUGUGCCAUUGCUUGCUACUUGUAACUUUUAUAUAAAUAUAUAUACAUAAUGUAUAAUAAUUUCCUAAUUUGAGUUAAGAGAAAUGCUUUUUCUGUUGUGAUAAAAUGCAGAGUUACAUGAGCACAUGAAUUAUUAAUAACAACUCUUCCUACACUCUAGAUUACAAAAUGUCAUUUAAUAUUGAGGCUUCCCUAAAUAUUUGAUUUCUAGCAUCUUAUGAAUAUAUGCCUUUUGUAUUAAGAGUCUUUCUAAGUCAGUUCUUUAAAAUCAUACACUGUUUUAUGACUACACUACACCAUUCUGAGUCACCAAUACACACAUGGGUCUAGAUGCUUAACGGGUACAAUGAAUUUCAUACAGAAAAACUAAAACUCAUCAUACACAUAAGUCCCAUUGAAUUAUAUGCGCCCCUAUAAACGCUGAAUGGAUUCCUUUGCUAAUAAAGGAUUUGUAGUCUUCCAAAAUUAAUUUUGAAAAAACAAUUACAGUAAAUCUGCUUACUCUCUUCAAAAUAACAAGAAUCUCAAGAAUAAAAUAAUUGGGACCUUCAAACAGCAAAGAAAUCUGGUCAACUACAACUUCUGCCAUCAGCUGGAGCAGCCUUUAUAGCCUCGAUGGAUAUUCCUUAUCAGGUCCCUUUUAUCAGGCCAAUCUCUCAUGUGUUAAAAUAUAAAUUAAAGAAAAUACCAAGUAAAUGGAGAUAAAGUAAAUUGUGAUAGGAAAACUAAAGAAUUACAGCAAUUCUUGAAUAUGGGAAACAUGAUCAACAUGUCUUGUGGAGUUCUUGCCACACAAGGAUAUAUGUGGCAAGUAGGUUUGAUGGUCUUCCUGUAAUCUCAGCUCUGUUAAGACAGAGAAGGGUAUUGCCAGGUCAAAUAGUCUAACUCAGUGGUUCUCCACCGGUGCACCACAACCCCUAUGACAGUUGAACAAACAAUAGCAAAAUGACAGUUAUGAAGUAGCAACAAAUCUAAUUUUAUGGAUGGGGUAGUCACCACAACAUAAACAGCUGUAUUAGAGGGUCGCAAGGGGGUGUUAGAAACACUAAUCUAACUAAACCAGCUGAACGGAAGAGGUCUAGGUUGAGCCAGAGACCCUUUCGAGGUAAACACAGCAAAGAUUGAGUGAGGGAAGACACUCACUGUCAACCUCUGGCCUCAGAACACAUGCACGCACACAUACAUGCAUGUGCAUAUACCCCCAAACACAUGCACACAAAUAUCAUAUGAAGCUACAUGUACAAAGAUGAAAUAAUAUUAAAAGGAUCAUUUCUUUGAAUUGAGUUGACAAAUUGUUCAAUAAGAAAAUGUACUGACACAAUGAAUGCUGUAUUUCUUUAACAUGAUGAAUAUUUUGCAAAUAUCACUAAUGAUAAAAUUCACCUUUUCCUGCUUGGAUAGUCAAUUUAUUUGUUACCAUAUCUAAUCUUGUGUUCAUUAGUUCAAAUUUGGCACUCCAAGAUUAUCAUUAAAAUCAGUUACCCUAUUUUGUACUGUUUAAUGUCUCUAGGAAUUCUCAGUGGACAGUAUUAUUUUUGAAUGGAUAAUAUCACACUUGAUAUAUAUGUCAUGGUGUGUUUCAUAUACAACAAUGAAGACAGGAAGACAAAUUAAAUGGGUAAAUCGCCAUGCUCCUGCCUUGUAGAUUUGCAAAUUUUCCAGUUCUUUUAAUAUCUAAAAAUGCUACUGAUCUGCUUAUUUUAUGCUUAAGUGCAUUUAAUACCUCAAAUCCACUAAACUCAAAACUGAAUUAAAUAUAAUAAUAAGGAUGGGUGACUAACAUAUUUAAUAUAUAAUGUUUCAUGGGAACAUAACUUCUCUUGAAUGAGACCUCCUUUUGGAUGAUAAUCACAUGCCCUACAGGUAUUGACUGUUCAAGAAAGGAGUCCUGGAAGCCUGUGAUUGUCCCCAUCAGAGAUUCUAAGUUCCGAAUCUUGGAGUGAGAGAAUCCAGAAAAUCUACCAAGUAUAUUUUGGAUCUCCCUGCCGGUGCCUUUAUAAAAACCAAUUCAAUAUUCUGAUUUGUCAAUUUAUUUAAAAAUACUUAUUAAAUAGAUAACUAUAUGAAACUUUACAGCUUGCAUAUCAACCUUCAAAAUGGGUGAUACUUGUAGCAGAAGAAAGGAGUGGUUUAAAACUAUGAAAUUUAACAGUUAACAGCAUUUUAUUCAUGGUUAUUUUAAAUAAACUCACAAAAGAGAUAUCCUAAUACAACGAGAUAUUUUCAAAUACAUCACGUUGUAAAUUUGGUGAAACUGCUGGUUUUGAUGUGUCUGUAUUCACCUUUUAGAAGUUUGACAGCCUUUCAUUUUCAUGCAGAAUACCAAUAAAGACCCAAGUUAAGCUUUUCAUUUCUCUCCAAGUGCAGAGCUACUGCUUAACACAGGUUAAUGUUCUGACUUUUUCUGCACCUGUUUUUAUACACAUGCAGAUUUUAGGCAUAAUCUCACAAAAUAGAUAUGCUAUUUGAUUUUUCACAGCUUCUUUUAGCCAGAUAAUUAAAACGUGCAGUAAGGAUAACUGGAGAUCAAAGUCAUUAGGUCUGUAAAUGAGAAUGAACCCUGUCCUGGAGAUGAUGAAUAUUUUAUCUAAUUUUUGUCCUAUUAAAAAUGUUUCAGAGCAUUCAACAGAUUAAAAAUUCUUCUUCUCAACACUUUAAGUUUGGCGUUUGACAUCACAUGAAUAUCUCUUAAGUUUUGUUUUAGUCUUUUCUCUAUUAUCCCAUAAGAAAUCAAGAUUUCCUCAAGAAACACGUUUUGCUUCUUUUAUAGUUAAAUCAAGAAUAGAUUGAACUCACAAUAUUAAAAUAAAAUGAAAUAAUGUGAUCUUGAGUCUCAUCAGCUUUGUAAAGCAACAGCAAACAAUGAAGAGGUGUUUGUUAGUGAAACCAUCUUAAAUUGUAUUAUAGCAGUUCCCAACAAUGGAAAGGAGUGAAAUAAAAUAAUUAUUUAAAAUUGAUUUGUUUCCUAAAUGGAUACAAUGUGAACAGUGAGUUUCUUCCCUGUCUGAUGAGCAGAAGAGUUCCUUGCUAUCCCUAGUUUCCUCAAUUAAGCCAUUUCUAUUUAUCACAUCAUGAUGAGAAAGAUGCAGCCAAGAAAUAAUUAGAUAGGUAAAAGAAUAAAAUAAAUAGAACUUGAGUUAAUUACUAGUUUCUUAUCUCUUUAGUUAACAUUUCUUAUAUCCCUUUUUAAAAAUCGGAGAAAUUAAACUGCAUGGCCCAAAGAAAGGGAUGUUUGUCUUUUAUCAUUAAUCUAAUGCAACAAAUCCCAAGAAUUAUGAUUAUUCAUUUUGUAAUGAAUUCAUAUUGUACUAAAAUUCUUUUAAUUAAAUUAAUUAUCUGAGUACAUACAACAGUGCAGCAAAGUCAAAAAAUAUAAGUAACUAAUGUCAAACACAUAAUUCUGUAUUUUCCUUGUGGUACCAGACUAUGUGCUUUCCGGUGUUUUCUUAAAGAUAGAAGCUCUGCUAACACACCUUCAUUUCUUUAUGUUAGGAAACAAAUAAAUGCAACCAUCAUCAUGCGUCUGUCAUUUGCUAGAGGACUUAGAGAGGUUCCUUAUUCCUGUGAACAACCAAGUCAUACAGUUGCUUUUCUAUUAGGUAGCCAUACAAUAGCACAGUCAGCACAUUCUCUCUCCCCAACAUACUUUCUCUUUAACUAGUGAACCAUGCUAUUUCCCAAUUAUUCGCUGAAAAAAAAUUGGGGGUUUCUUUUAGUAGUCACAGACAGUCCCUUGAACAAAACUUAAAGCUGAUCAGCAAGUAUGAUGUGUAAUUGAUUUAAAAUAAAAUAUUCCUUUUAUAUUACAUUAUUAAACUUGUAUUCUUUAUUCACUAUCUCUUGAGUUUAACUUUAUACCAGCAUUGCUAGAUAUUUUUUUGUCUGUGCAAUCUGUAGGCAAAAAAAAUCUUCUUCAGCACGUUGGGGAUGAAGAUAAUUUAAUGGUGGAGGCUGGUGGUAGGAUGGUGAUUAGACCUGUAGAAGAAACUUCUAUUAGCUUUUUUUUUUAACAUGUGGCCCAUCUUGUAACACUAGUUAGAUUUCCCUGGGUCCCUGUAUUCUUUACAAUAUAAAAUAUAAUUGACUGUUGAGCAAAUAUAGUGCAGAUGGUAUUGCAUAGUCAAGAAACGAGACAUUGAAUAUUAGAAUAGAAUUUCUACAGGGGCACCAGAGGAACUCUGUGAAGUGUAGGUUUCCUAAGCAGAUGGCGAAGGGGACCAUUUUCAACCAAUACAGGGAGAAAGACAUUUUUAGAGCAGUUAGGUAAAAUACAGGCUGGAAGACCUCUUAAUUGAAUUGGAGGUAAGUAAUGAAGGGUUACAGAAAAUAAAGUUCAAAGAACAGAUAGUAUUGAUGCUGUGGUUUCUGAACACAUUAGGUGCUCCAAGAGUUUGUCUUUUGGUCAAAGACAAUGAUCUUAGUAUAUUGUGGGAAAGUAUGAAUGGACCUCUCUGAAGUCAGCAUAUUUACUGAGUAGAAUGCAGAAUGGCACACAGUAAAUUCAAUUAAAAUUUGAAUUAAGAAAUUAAAAGUAAUGGGUGGAUAGAGGAUCGGGAGUAUGUCUUGCUGCCCUACUUAUUUUCUACAAUGUUAUUACCAUGAUCAUGGCUAAUGAGUAAACAUAGUGAGAGUCACAUGACAAAGUCCCUUCUGAGUGAUUUGUGUGGAAUCUUUUCCUUGGUCAUAUGAAAUGUGAUUCGUGAAUGAAACUGCUGCAAAUAGUAAAUAUUGUUAGCCAUUGUACUGUCCAGGAAACUGGACUAGUUUUAUAACUUUUAUAAGAUUGUGUAAGACUGAUGAGUUCAGUUCUCCUACCAAGAUAACUGAUGAGAGGUUUUCCAGCAAUGUGCAAAUACAACUCUGUUAAUUAGUGUACUCCUUUGAGAGAAACUGAAACAUGCCCAUAUUACCCCAUAAUUUUGUGUUUAUUCAUGUGUAAAAUGUGGAUUAUAAAAGCUUCUUUUCACAUGAAAGUGUGUGAAUACCAAAUGAUCAUGCACUGGAAGAUAUUUUUUAUAUCCUAUGAUGCAUUGUAAAAAAUAAACCAUUUUUCUUAAA